AUGGUUACAUUAACUCCAAUCAAUGCACCAGGCGCACCUUCUCCAGCUGCUUCCUAUUCUCAUGCUAUGAAAGCUGGUAAUUUUAUUUAUCUAUCUGGCCAAAUUGCUUUAACCCCAGACAAUAAAUUGUUAAAGGGUUCUAUUGCAGAACAAGCAGAACAAGUGAUUCAAAAUAUUAAAACAGUUCUGGCAGCAAGCAAUUCGUCUUUAGAAAGAAUUGUAAAAGUUAACAUUUUCUUGGCUGACAUUAACAAUUUUGCAGAAUUCAAUAAAGUUUAUGCUAAAUACUUCAGCGAGCAUAAACCAGCUAGAUCUUGUGUUGCUGUUGCUGCCUUACCACUAGGUGCUGAUUUAGAAAUUGAAGUUGUUGCCGUAGAAAAUGAAUAA